AUGGCGCCCUCUCUCCACCCCCUCAUCGACAAUGGCCUCACCAAGGGCGACCCCAACUUCGCCGGAGGCAAGCUCCGCUGCCUUUGCAAGACCAACCCCGUCGAGCUUACUCUCGGCGGCAAUGUCGCUCACAACCACGCCUGCGGAUGCUCCAAGUGCUGGAAGCCCGAGGGUGCCCUCUUUUCCGUCGUUGGUGUUAUUUCCAGAGACCAGCUCAAGGUGACAGCCAACGAGAACAAGCUGCACGUCGUCGACCCCUCCGCAGUCAUCCUGCGUAACGCAUGCAAGGAGUGCGGGGUACACCUGUACGGACGAAUUGAGAAGGACCACCCCUUCAAGGGUCUGGACUUUGUCCACGCCGAGCUGUCAGACUCCAAGGGCUGGCAGGAGCCGCAGUUUGCCGCUUUCGUUUCGUCCAUUAUCGAGCAGGGAUUCCACCCCAAGGGCAUCGAUGAGGUCCGCCAGAAGUUCAAGUCUGUUGGACUUGAGACAUACGACACCCUGUCUCCUCCUCUGAUGGACCUCAUUGCUACCUGGACUGGCCAGCAGUCUGGUCGCCUUCCGGCCAAGUUGUAA